GCGGCAUCGCUUUGCGCACUAGUUCAUCUCGUUACCUACCGAGGUCCGAGCUGUCAGAUGGAUUCCUAGCUUUAUUCGAACAGUGGGAACGGACUCGCUUCGAGUUGUUUUGAUGGCUUGAUAAAACGAAGAAAUUUCUAUGAUCCUAUGUAGACUUGAAAUGUCCCUAGUGGUAUAGUUGGGUGUCGGGACACUUUUAUGUCAGACUUCUGCGGAGAUCAACGUCGAAUAAUUGUAAAAUAAUAGCUGUAUAAACGAGCCUAGAACAGCUGUUUUUUCGCUUUUUUUUUUUAAACGAACACUGCACGGGACGUUGGUUAACUUGUCAUGUGCGGUAUUCUCGAGCAACAUGUAAGAUUCUCGGGGAAAUUCGGAAUCCUAAAAUGAUUAGGAUAAGAAUGGUGAAAAUAGGGUAGGAUUUAUUAUGCCUCGAAAGGAAAAUACAAAAGCCAAAACAUGGGAAAGAGACAGAAGAAAUCGCAUGAAUGAAUACUUCAAAAAUUUAUCGGAUCUAUUGCCACCUCACUUAGAAGGACGAAAACGGAAUAAAAUUGACAUCCUUGUUCAUGCUUCCAAGUAUAUCAAGGAUCUGCAUAGUCGCACUGAUGAAUUGUUUUAUGCCCGAGCAUCGGAUGCUCAUAAAGAGGAGUUGGCUCGAUUAAAGAAGCUGGUAGCGCAACUUAUUUCUAGGACACAGUUACUCUCUGGUCUGUUGAAAGAUGCAGGAAUCACUGUGCCAGCAGAGCCUGCUCUGGAAAGAAUAUCACCGCUCAAGUGGUCGAACAAAAUCAAUGUUGUUCCUGAAUCUCAAAUUGCUGAGAAAGUUGAAACAAAUGCAGGCAGGGAGAAGAAAAAAGAGAAGAGUUCAGCUAGUCUAAGAACAAAUUUGAAAAAGAAAGCAAUCAAGGUAAAGAUGGCUAAAAAGCAACCCGUUCGUAAGAAGUGCUUCCCAGAAAAGUCAAAACGUAUUAUUGAGGAUCAAGAGAAUCAUGCUACUAGUGGCUCUAGUGAUACGAGUGAGAAAGGAGACAAAUCAUCCUCAUCUAAUGAAGAAUUAGCGCUUAGUACCACAUCAGCAGAAGCAUCUCCUCCAAAACCAGAAAUUAAGAAUCAUAAGAAAGUGAAGAGAAAAAAGAAAGUCGCUAAAAAAGACAAAAAAACUAAUGGCACCACAGAUAUAAACAGUUUUGCAGCUGGUACAUAUGUUUUGUCAGGUGGUAAAAUAGUACCCAUGGUAACACCUAUGCAGUGUAAUGUGACACCAAAUAUCAUUGUAAAUGCUCAGACUCACCCCCCAAAUCCUAUUAUUUUGAAUAAUGCGCAACCAGGUCAAAUGAUUGUUGUGCAACCUCUGCAAACCAAUCAUUUUCAGACAGUUAGUACAAUGCAAACAUUAAAUACUGUAACUUUGAAUACUGUGCCAAAUAUUCAAACCAAUAUGUUGAUAAAUUCUAAAGACUGGCCAAAAAAUGUCAAGUCCAUUGUGAAUUCAACUAAAAUCGGUGGUACUAAGGGGAUUUUACCUAAAAUCAAAGAAGUUACUGAGACUACCAUGACGUACAAAGUUCCAAUUCCUGCAAUUCGUAAAGAAAAGUCUGAUAGUAAAGCUGAAAGCAAAGAAUCAGCUUCAGUUGAUAAGCAAACUAAAGGAAAAGAUGUUUCAAAGGCAGUAAAAAAUAGUCGAUUGGCUAAUGCAGAAACUCAAAAGGAUUCUCAAAAUUCUAAAGAUGAUGACAAAAAUAACAGUUCAAAAACAAAAUCACCUGUAAAUAAACCUAUAAAACGAAAUUCGAAACCUAAUUCAAAAGAAGUAGUAGAGACUAAGAAGAAAAAAUUCAGCAAAAAUGAAAAUCAAGUUACAAAUUUACAAAUUGAAUCAAAUAUAAUUUUGAAUGACACUGUAACUUGUAAGUCAAUUGAAAAUUUGAAGCAAGUUAUAAGUAAGAUUGGAGAGGAUUCUUCUUACACAGCAGUUGAUAAUUCAGUUGAAAUACGCGAAGAACAAGAAUGCGAUAAUAACUUAAUAAAGGACUCGAAUAAAAUCUCAUUAACUAACGACGAACCACAGGAGGAGAAACCAGAUUCACAAAACGAAUUUUCCACGGAUGAGAAAGCAGCUAAUUUGAACAAUUCUAAUAAUUCUAAUAAUUCAGUUUCAUCGUCAGAAAAAGAAUUGUUGAAUAAAAGUAAUUUUACAGAGAGAACUCUAGACGAGGCAAAAAGUAUUGCUAAACCCAAAGAAAUUACAGUUGAAAAGAGAAAUGAUAAGAUCACUGAUAGUGAAAAAACGGACGUACAAUUGGCAUCUAACUGUAUCAUUGAUGACAAUAUGAUCCUCGCUAACGACGCUAAUCAAAGCUGCAGUAUAGAAACUAGACUUGACAAUAUGUUGCAAUCAAAUGCUCAAAACGAAAUCAUAGACGAGCAGCAACCCGAAAAUAACAAGAUUUUCUUAAACUUGGAUACAAACACUACGAUGAAGCUUGAGGGUUCAGAAGACAAAAUGCACUCUGUACCGCCAACAUCUACCUCACCGUUUAUCAAGGUCACGACAGAAGAUGAAUCCUUGAAAUCAAAAAAUAAUAUUAAGGAGGAUCAAAACUUAUUAAAGACAAUCUCUUACAGUCCAAGCAAUAGUUUUGUACCUAUAAAUCAUAAAACUGAUUCUCUUCACUCUGACUUAUCAAAUGAUAUCUUUGCAUCUCUUCAAGUACCAUCAAGUUCAAACAACUCAGAGUCGAUAUCUCCUACAGCUGCCUUCUUGAUGGCUUUUCCAAUUGUUUCAUCACUGGCUGGCAAGACGGAAGUAUUGGAUGACGAAAUGAAAGAGGAGUUCAAGUACAGCAGUCAAACGCCACCAAUGAUACUACAAAUCGGAGCAAUAGAACCGAAUAAUUUUAAGAUCAAUACGAAAAACUCGACAAAUGAUAAUUUGGAUACGGCAGAACCCACUGGAAUAAGCGAGCCAUCUCAAACAAAAUCUUCGACUGAGACCGUAACGCCUAUAACCAGUUCGACAUCGAUAGCAGCUCCAGCUAAAACUCUCCCAAGAGUCAUCAGUAGUCAGACUAUUACGGAAUCUUACAAGAUCAUUCCCGUUUCUUCUGAGCAGAUCAACAGGCAACUUAAUGUUGAUACGAAUAGUUCUAUGCAAGUGCGACAAAAUAAUUCGACUAAUCCAAGUGAAAAUUCGAACGUUAACAACACUUUGACAAAUAGAGAUCAGUCGUCUGUAGUUGCAGAUAACAUUGACAGGUCGAUCGACAAUAGCGUUCAAAAUUAUCCGCUAGAAAACAAAUCUCAGUCGACGUUCAGUUACUCAAAGGACAUGACCCUGACUUCCAUGUCAAAUUCUAUGGCGAACGAAAUUUUAAAUAAGUAUAUCUCGACGACGUCAUUGUCUACGAACACAAUGCCUACGGAAACUUCAAGCAAAUACAAUUCAGUAUCGCAGUACGUGCCACAGGAAUGUCAGACUUCUGUACCUAAUAACUGCGUUAAAGAAAGCGUCGAUCGUAACAGUAGUCAGUAUAGUUUUCCAAGUGACAGAGAUCUGUGCAAGCUUCAGAUUUGCCCAAUGGAAGCUUUUACGGAACGUAGCAAUGAGUACUCCUCACGUAACAAGGACAACUCGUUCGGCAAUAAUCCAUCAGUUGAAACGAAUAACGAGUCUUUGAAUAAAAAUAUUCAAAUUCCCAUAAGCCAGGAGAAAGCAUCCAAAGUUUCUAUCCAGAAUAAUCAUAACGUGGCAUCCGACAGUUUCCACUCCAUCAAGAAGCUCGAGAGUAAAGGUCCACCUCCGACGAGUACAGAUAAUACUGCUCUUUAUCAGAAGAAACCCAACGAAAUUCCAAACACGAAUUCGUACAUCGGACCUUGCGAUAACAAGAUAAGUAAGAAGGUGAUGAACCUCUCUUCACAGCCGAGCACGUCAGUACAGAAAAUCACUGUUUCAAGUAGGUCCAAUGUAUUCAUGCAUCAAACUGAGGCGUCUUACAUCGUUACGACGAACUUUGAGGAGAAUAUCGUAGCAAGAUCGACCACUACUGUUGCUAAUAAUUCUUCCAACUUUAGCAUAUUAUCUUGGACCACGUUCUCGCCACUCAGUAGUAACAACAACAAUAAUUUUUCGCAGUAUGAGCAGACUCCUGUGUCUACUGACAUCUCAAGAAACAUCUGCGAAAACUUCAAUUAUCAUCCAUUGCCUAAAGAUAACGCUUCGCUAUCAAAUACGUUGACCCAACCGACUUACUCUACGGUUGAUUCACAAAUGCCGAGCUUUGACAAAUCCAAGAAUAAUAAUUUGAACCAGCCGUCAUACACUACAGUAGAUUCUCAUAUGCCGAACUUUGAAAAAUCUAAAAAUAAUGUCCAACCAUCGUACACCACGGUGAAUUCUCAAAUGCCAAGCUUUGACAAAUCCAAGGACAAUGCCUUGACUCAGCCGACUUACUCUGCGAUUGAUUCACAAAUGCCGAACUUUAACAAAUCCAAAAGCAACAACUUGACCCAGCCGUCGUACACUACAGUAGAUUCUCAGAUGCCGAAUUUCGACAAGUCUAAAAAUAAUGCAUUGACACAGCCAUCGUAUACUACGGUUAAUUCUCAGAUGCCGAGCUUUGACAAAUCCAAGAACAAUACCAUGAGCCAGCCGACUUAUUCUACAGUUGAUUCACAAAUGCCGAAUUUCGACAAGUCAAAAAAUAAUUUACUGACUCAGCCAUCGUAUACGACGGUUAAUUCUCAGAUUCCGAACUUUGAUAAAUCCAAGAACAAUACGUUAACUCAAUCAACUUACUCUACGGUAGAUUCUCAGAUGCCAAGCUUUGAUAAAACUAAAAACAAUACCUUGAUGCAGCCGACUUACUCUGCAGUUGACUCUCAGAUGCCUAACUUUGAUAAAUCCAAGAACAACUCACUAACCCAGCCGACUUACUCCACGGUUGAUUCUCAGAUGCCGAGUUUCGAUAAAUCUAAGAACAAACAGUCCACGGACAAUCAGAAGCGAUCUUACAACGAUCCGCUCAAAUCGAGGACAAUGCGACUGUCUCAGCUCGAUUCUCGAAAUCCUCCUAUGCAGAAAUCAACUCGUGCCCACAAUCAGCCUUCAGUUUCGAAUUCUGAUUACAAAUAUGCUUCGGAGAACAAGAACAAGUACAAAUACCCAAUGGAUAUCGACUACAUGCAGAACAACUAUUCUAGCAGUUUGGACUUAGCUCCUCAUCUUCAGCAUAACCAACAGCAACAAAAUCAGCAGAACCAACAAACUCACCAAACGUCCAACUCCAAGACCUCCAAUACUAACCAGCAGCUGCAGCCUCUAAAAUCUGACAAGUCCAACUACAUGUUACCUGACUACGAGACUCACACCUCGACGAACUUCAACUCUGACUCUGCCAACAUCCAGCCCAGAUACUCCAACAGUCACGAGGUCUAUCCCAGCACCAGCUACAAGUACGCUUCGGAUAACAAGCCUCAACAGAUCCACUCCAAGUAUCAAUCGACCACCCAAGGGCCGACCUCGAGUCUCCAGCAGGAGAACACGAUCUACGCUAACAACAGUAAUAACACAAACGGUAAUAACAAUAGCAAGCAGCAGCACGUGCAGCAACAGCAGCAGCACCAGCCUCAAUCUAAAGCAAAAUCGGAGCACACGAUGAGGCCGCCGGUCAAUUGGAUGAUGACGCCUGAGAUUAAGCACAACUCCAACAUCAGUGAUAUAAUUCUGCCUCCGAUUGGCAAAGAACUCGAUUUCUGCCAGAACAACAUAUUCUCACAGACGUCUGGUUACAACCAAACCAGCGGGAAUCACCAGUUUUACAAUAAUUAUGACAUGUCCACACCGUCGUUUCCGAAUAUACCGGUAUUGCAGACUGACAGCAAGAGAAACGUGGACACGACUUAUUAUCCGGAGGAGCAGACUUUCUCCUGGUCACCCACGAAGAACUUGUCCCAGAGCGCCGAACAAAACCAGAAUUUGAAGAACGUGGAGUCGUCGACCAUGCCAGCUCUUGUAGGAGACUUGGCGUUAGGAACUCCCAACGUUUCUGACAAGCAGAACUUUUUGUUCGGGCAAAUGCCAAUCAGGACGAGUAACACCGAAAUCGGCAAGGAGCCGUUAAAGAGCAAGGAGACUAACGUGAGCAGUAGGGACUAUCAGGGUAUCGUCAAUUCGCAGAAUCCACAGCAGCACAGUUCGCACGGGAUGCCCUUCCUGUCGGUCAGUCAACUGGUGGAUCACGAGAAAGUUGACAAGAACCAGCAGCAACAGACACAUAAUACUGGUAACCAUCAUCACGGGAGUCACCAUCAUCCGCAGCACCACCAACAGCCGCAGCAGCAACAACAGACACCGCCGAGGAAACAGAGAAAGAGUAACAGUAGUCCGAGGGCCAGUGCUAAGAGGCAGAUGGAUAUGCGGCAGAAGCAGUCAGCUAACUCGGCUAACGACCAUAUUCAUCGGCAGCACGAAGAGCCUAAGACCAGCCCUACUGCUUCUGGAUUCGGGGACACCAACUAUCAGCAGCAGCAGCAGCAGCAGCAGCAGCAGCAGCAACAACAACAGCAGCAGCAAAAGUAUAAUCAGCAGACUAACGAUACUCAGUGGAGAAAUAGGAACUGCAAGAGCAACUACACAGCGGAGGCUCUGAUCGGAACCAACAACACGGACAGCAGUAGUCACCCAGAAAAGAAUCUGCCAAAGUAUUCGUCGAGUAACUACACGCAGAACAAAUUUUCCACUAGUCUGAGCUCGGAUCCUAUGUCGAUCAACUACUUUCCGAACGUGGACGAGGCAGGAACUGGCUAUGGCCAAGUGAUGAACCAGAACUUCAACCACUCGUACGCCUACUCGUCCAAUGCGAACAUCUAUCCGACUUCAAACUUCAUCUCCAACAUGUCCAACAGUUCGGCUAACUACAUGAUGUCUCUGCACGAGAACACGCCAGACUAUCUCGAGGGCAACAACUUUUUGCUGCCACCCAACGUUUCCACCACCUCCAUAACGACUCCACUGCUAACUAACAUGACUGACGGAGUCAAGAGUCAUCACCAUCACCACCAUCAUCAUCACCAGCCCUACAAGCCUCAGAACUGCACCGACAAACGGCUUUACUUCGGCCAGCAGAAGAAGACUAAACGAAAGCAGGAGACAACGAGCGCCAGUAGCACCGCUACCUCGACAGUUCAGAACUUCGACUUUCCCGGGCUAUCUUCGCCACUGGAUGACUACCACCACGCGUCCACGUUCUUACCUCCACCGAAUCCACUGUACCAGAACCAGUCGUACUCCAAGUCAGCUUUACCUCCGCCUCCACCUCCUCCAAGCGUCAGCAGUUCUAACAGCGGUGGCAACCAGGCCAGUGGUGUUCCUGCGAGUACUAGCAACCCAAUGGCCAUGACGCAACAUCAUCCAUCUGGCACGAGUCUCACCAACUUUAAUCUUAGCACGAUUUUCCCGGAAAUCAACGAUAAGGUGACUGGCUAUAAAUCGUCGACGAACGGUAUAGCGCAGCCGACAAGCCAUACUUCCACGAGUUACUCUCAGAGGAGUAAUUAUACAGAUCCUAUGGAUCAAAUGUCACAGGCUUCAGAGACGACGCCGCACUUCAACAAUUCCGGCUCCCGCUGAUGAUGGACGUUCUGACGGCCCACGAUAUCAUCAGCAAGCCGGCGAGCUCACUCUGAAGACCAAACAAACUGUAAAAAAUGUAAAUAGACACGAGCGAGCGCGAUUACGUAUACGUGAUAAGGAAAUAAAUAAUUUACUUAAGAAUCGAGAA